AUGUCACUCAUCCCAUACCACCCCCGCGAAGGGCGGGAAAUUGUCCUCCGCCAUCGCAAUGCCAUUGUCGUCCGCGAUCCCCUCACCCAGCGCCUCGAGAUCCGCGGUCUCCAGCUUCACGAAUGUCCCACUUGUCACCAACCCCUACGAACGUCUUCUCCCGAGAGCCAUGUCGAUGAUGACUCGGACCGUCGCGAAUCCUAUGUCGACCCCGACUACUUUCGCAUGUUGCGCGACGGCCACAAUGGUCAGGGUCCCUCGAACCCACGCCCGCCCUCGAGCCCUAUCCGCCGCUUGGUCCGUCCUGUUCCCGCCAUAGACGAUCGUGGGAACGAAGUUGGUGUACAGAAUGCCGAAUUCGUCAGUAGCGAGCCUGUGCCUCCCGAGACCACUCGCAUUAAGAAAGAGGCGUUUGCCCCAAACUAUUUCGAAACCUUUUUCCACGAGGAGCGUACCCUCGGCCGCGGUGGCAAGGGCGUCGUUAUGCUUGUGCGCCAUGAGAUUGAUGGUUGCAACCUAGGUCACUUUGCUUGCAAGCGUGUGCCCGUUGGCGAUGACCAUGCCUGGCUGGGCAAGGUGCUUGUCGAAGUCGAGUUGCUCGCCAAACUGUCGCAUCCAAACCUGGUCUCGUACCGCUUCUCGUGGGUUGAGGAUGUCAAGAUCAACAAGUUCGGCCCCAAAGUCGCAUGUGCCUUCAUUCUCCAGCAGUACUGUAACGGCGGUGAUCUGCAGAACUAUGUCAUUGGCGACUUGCUCAAGGAGCCAACCAUAGAGGAGAUCAAGGCCCAAAGACGCCGUCGAUCCAAGGGGUUCAUAGAACGACCUAGUUUGUCACAGCGGCAGUUACCCUUCAAGGAGAUCUUCUCGCUGUUCAAGGAUAUCACUUCCGGUCUUGCCUAUCUCCACGCCGCCAACUACAUUCACAGGGAUCUUAAACCCAGCAACUGCCUUCUACAUCGCGAGGGUGGCCGUACCAGCUGCCUCAUCAGUGAUUUCGGAGAGGUCCAACCCGAAAACGCUGUGCGAAUGUCAACCGGGUCGACUGGCACCAUUUCCUAUUGUGCUCCCGAGGUGUUGAUCAAGGAUGCCAGCGGUAAGUAUGGGAACUUUACCACCAAAUCCGAUAUUUUCUCGCUCGGGAUGAUCCUCUACUUCAUGUGUUUCGGGAGGUUGCCAUACGCCAAUGCCAAUUCGCUCCAUGAGGAGCUGGAGGAUAUUGAUCUGCUGCGUACUGAGAUCACGGACUGGAAAGGUUUCGAGGAUGAACGACGCGAGCGCCCUGACCUCCCCGCCAGGCUCUAUCAGCUGCUUAAGCGGCUUCUUGCUAUUAACCCAGCCGAGCGUCCGAGUGCCAAUGAGGUUUUGAGUGUCAUGAAGAAUGAGUCAAGUCUAGACGGGGUGGGAAGUCCAUCUACAGGUUCUAUCCCUUCGAUUGGCCUAGCUGGGCGGAGGAUACAAGACCUAGAUUCCCCCAUGCCUCCCAGCACGCCUGUGCCAGGUCAGUCACCCGUCCCGUCCUCCCCGGAUGCGCCUUCACUGACUACUCCUCCGCCAGCAGACCACAGACAUGCCAAAGUGUCUUCAUCUCCAGACGAGGAUCUUCCUUUGUCAGUCGACGGUUACACGCCAGUAUCUGAUACCCACCAAAAUGGUGCUCCGAUCAUCGUCCCCACCACACGCGUACGCAGUCCCAAUCGUUGA